AUGGCUUCCCCAAAAAUAAGUCUUAAGCUUCUUGUCGACAAGAAGGGCCAAAAAGUGUUGUUUGCUGAAGCAACAAAAGAAUUUGCGGACUUUCUUUUCCACAUUUUCUCUUUGCCUAUUGGCACCCUGGUAGAGCUUUUGGGCUCUAAACAAAUGGUGGGGUGCUUAGGAAAACUUAAGGAAAGUAUCGACAACUUUAAUGGUACUUACCUUCAACCUGGAAUAAAAAAGGAAGAUAUCCUUAAUCCAAAAACAGCUUAUAAUGCAAACACACUUCUGUUGUCUGAUGAUGAUGAUGCUUCUUCUUUCCAACAACCCAAUGCUUCUAAAGACAUUUACUGUUGUUAUCAGGCAGCACAAGGAUACGGUAAUGAUCAUUGCCGAGGAUACGCAACACUGUAUUUGGAUGCUACAUGUCCUUCUUGUAAGCAACUCAUGAAUUAUAAGAGGAUCCUUGUUAUUCCGAACAAGGAAUUGAAAGCAAUGGAGGUCGGGAAGAAUGUGAAUGGUUACGUAAAGGAGGUGGUGACGUAUAUGGUAAUGGAUGAUCUUGUCAUGAAUCCCAUGUCUACCAUCUCAAGCAUUGCUCUCAUCAACAGCUUUGGUGUUAUGGAUCUUAGCCAACUUCAAGAACUGGAGGUCUCUUUCGGUAGAUAUGAGGCGCUGAAGCUGUUAAUGACAUCCUUGAAGACAGACAAGGUGCUUAGCACUCUGUUUCUUAACAAUCACCAUGCUUAG